AUGAUGCCUGCGGCUGGCCUGCUGUCGUGGCUGGGCGCCUGGCUGCCCGCCUGGCCCGGCCUGGCGUGGGGGGGCAGCCUGCUGGACGCCUGCUUGCAAGGGCUGGUGGGCUCGUGCGCCGUGGCGGUGCUGAGCAGCCUGCUGCGACUCCACCUCUACCUGCAGUGCUUGACCGACCCGGCGCGGCAGGCGGCGGCGGCGGCGGCGGCGGUGCGCGGGCAGUGGGCGCUGCUGGACCCGGUGCACGUGGGCGUGGUGGGCGCGCUCUUGGCGGCGGUGGGCUCCCGCGUGGCCGCCCUGGUGGUGCUGGAGUUCUCCCUGCGCGCCGUCGCCACCCUCCUCGCCCUCCCCAAGGGGGCGCACAGCAGCCAGCUCUUCUUGCUCUGCCAGUACUCGCUGGGGUGCGGGGUCUCAUGCAGCCUCAGCUAUCUCCAGGAGGGGGCGCCCCGCCGGACGUGGAACCUGCUGCUCAGCGCGGGCCUGGCCGGCCUCCUGACCAGCUACGUGUGGCGCUUGACACACCACGUUUUCACCAUGUACGAGCUGCACUGCAAAGAGCGCUACUGCGGGGUGUGCCUCUUCUUGCUCACCAACUGGCACGGCAUCCCCCGGUUGCUGUGCAAUGCCCUCAAGGUCACCUUCCUGGUGGCUGACCUGACAGCCGUGGCGUUGAUCAACCGUGACUUCCUCACCACCUCGGAGGCCAUCCGCUUCUGGACUCCGCUCACCAUCUGCUACACGCUCCUGGUCAUCUACAUGCAAGAAGAGCAGCGGCAGAACCCCAGCCAGCAGAUGGUCUACCAGACGGUCUUUGUGCGAAUGGGUGGCCUCUUGAUCCUGCUGAUGACCGUGGGCAGGUGGACGGACAUCCUAAAUGUCUUCAUCUCGCUGAUGGGAGAGAUCUGGUGCCUGCUGCGGGCAGGCGCCACACUGGAGAUCUGCAGGAGGCAGGAUUUUUCUCAGCGGUCCUCCCAUUUGGCUUCUCCUUCCCGGGGGCCCAGAAAUCAGCAUGAAGACCACCUCUCAAAGCUCUCAGCAGCAGCAGCAGCUGUGUCCUGA